GAGCUUGUAAUAUAGUUUCGAGGUAUAUUCACUAAAUAACAUACAAAUACAAAUAAUGUUCACUUGCAUUAAGACUGCUGCACCAAGGAGUGCUUUGGCUGCAAUGCCACCACGGGCCAUGUCCAUAAGAAAUCUCUCACUUGAUAUCAAGACCAAGGUCAUGAAAGAGGAUGAUAUUGCUAAGCAUGACGACAAGGAAUUCAUCACCCAUCCAAUUUUCCCACAUCCUGUGUUCACCACGGAAGAUUGCGAAGCAAUCAAACCUGCUCAUAGACCCCCUGUUACAUUUGGUGACAGAGUAGCAUUAAAAGGGAUCAAUUUCUUUAAGGGAUCGUUUGACUUGGUGACUGGGUACAAACAUCCAAAUACACCCGAGGAGCUUGCAGAUGGCUUCAAGGGUACCCGGUACGAAAUGACUCCUGGUAAAUGGCUCACAAGAUGUAUUUUCCUUGAGAGUGUUGCAGGUGUCCCUGGUAUGGUUGCUGCCUUUAUUCGUCACUUGCACUCUCUUCGUCUCUUGAGACGUGACAAGGCAUGGAUUGAAACAUUGUUGGAUGAAGCUUACAACGAAAGAAUGCAUCUUUUAACCUUUAUCAAGCUUGGUAACCCUUCAUGGUUCACCCGUACUAUCAUCUAUGUAGGACAGGGUGUAUUUUGUAACCUUUUCUUUAUAUUCUACUUGGUCAACCCUCGUUAUUGUCAUCGGUUUGUUGGAUAUUUGGAAGAAGAAGCGGUAUCUACUUAUUCCCACUUUGUCCAUGACUUGAAGAUAAAUAAAUUCCCUGAAUUUGACCAUGCCAAGGUUCCACAAAUUGCCAUUCAAUAUUGGCCAAACUUGAAUGAAAACUCAACCAUUUUAGAUUUGGUUUUGAGAGUUCGUGCUGACGAAGCUAAGCAUAGAGAAGUUAACCAUACUCUUGCAAAUCUUGAACAGAACAAGGAUAGAAACCCAUUUGCUCUUCAAAUUGAAUCAGAUGCCCCUCAACCAGAAAAUGGAUUGAAGCAACAUAGACCUGAAGGAUGGGAAAGAAGUGAUUUAUUUUUGGAUUAUUCUGGUCAACAGGUUAGACACGAAAAGAAGCAUUGAUAUUUAUAUUGGAAACUUGUACAUAGACUAAAUUUUGAAUGAUUACGAUACUGAAACUA